AUGGGUGUAAUUGUGUCUCUACUUGUAUUUUCAAUACUUCUUGGAGGUGCCUUUGGAAGAUCAUUUUCUCAACAACCAAUCCUAACUCUUAAGGCUCGGCCUGUACCCUCCCAUUCAACAAAUCUUAUAUGGAAUCGUCAUAUCGCUAAUAAUGGACAAGUUUAUGACUGUGUAGAUUUUUACAAGCAACCCGCCUUUAAUCAUCCUUCAUUAAAGGAUCAAAUUGCAAAGUUUAGACCAAGCUUAGUAGAAGAUGAUGGAAAAUUAGCUAAGAACAUUGGGUUGAAGAAUGGAGGUUGUCCGUCGGGAACUGUUCCCAUUUUACGAUACUCCUAUAAUCUUACAGCUGGUCGCGGUGAAAUUAGUCAACCACCACCUACCCCGCCGCAACAACAUUGUAGUGCAGUGAUAGCAACAACGUUGGAUGAUAUGAAUAGAAAAUUCUAUGGAACAAGUGCUGAUUUAUCUCUUCAUAAACCGGUGGUACAAAGUUCACAAUGGUCCUCUGCUCGAGUUAAAUUAUCAAAUGGCCUAGAAAGUAUUGAAGCUGGAUGGAUGGUAAAUCCAAGCUUCUUUCAUGAUAAUGAAGCCCAUCUCUACGCAAAGUUUACGAGUAGACAAGAAGAAUGUUUAAAUCAUGCAUGUCCAGGGUUUGUUCAAGUCUCAAAAUCAGUGGCUCUAGGUGAUACCCCACAAAAAUAUUCAUCUAUCGGAGGCACUCAAUAUUCUUGGAAUAUUACUAUCCAAAAGCAUCCAGACGACGGUAAUUGGUGGAUGACUUUAUCAAUUGACGAUCCAUUUCCAGUAGGAUACUGGCCUGGCAGUCUGUUUACGAGUUUAAAAGAAGUGGCGAAUCAAGUCUCAUGGGGAGGAGAAAUCAACAACCCAGAAAGCAUAAGUCCACAUCCAGAAAUGGGUAAUAGUAGAAAGGCCAGUUAUGACACUGCAAAUUCAGCAUUUUGCGCUCAUGUAACAGUUGAUACUGAUACUUCUAUAUAUGUUGAACCUCAAGGCACUCAAAAAGUAUACCAUUGUCCAAGUUCAUACACUGUUUUGGAUGAGGGUUAUCAGGGAGAGUAUUGGGGUCGUUUAAUGUACUAUGGAGGUUAUUUAAGUGCAAUAAAUAAUGCUUAG